GGAGAAAGUUAGACACGGAUAUAUACAUGGGGAGAACACCAUAAAGGAUUGGAGCCAAGCCCAGGAACUGCCAGGAAGUAGGAGACAGUGUCCACAUGAGAGAUGGGGAGCUCAGGGCUAAACCAAACAGGAAUCAUCACUGCAACGUUAGUCUGUGAAGACACAUCUCCAAGAUCACAAACUAGAAACAGAACAGAAUAGAGACGGCUAGUCAUCUGAAGAUCCAUUUACCUCUGAGCUUUCUCUGAAAACGGGAGCCACCUUGACUACAUUUCCCAGACUGCCCUGCCUCUAGGGGUGGUCACAUGACUGAGUGCUGACCAAUGGCAUGCGAGCAGAGAUGAUGUCUGUGACUUCCACGCCACACCCUUAAAAGAAAAGAGUGUGUGUUCCUCUAUCUUACCUCAUUGAAAUUUGACAUGACGGAGGGCCAUUUUGGAGCAUGCAUUCAAGAACAACUCCUCAGGGACAGUGGAGAAACAAGAGGUCAAGAUUCUAAGGCCUUACCUCUAUGGAGCCAUCUCAUCGACCAACUGCUUGUUCUUGGGCAACCUCUUGAAAGUGAAAUUCAUGUCCAUCUUUCUUGCUUCUUCCAAUGUUAUUUGUAUUCCGCUAAUACAUGGAAUAAACCCAAGGAAGGGAGCCAGUCGAUGUAUGAGCUGUAUGAGGAAGAAGCAGGAGGACAGAGAAGUAAGGGUCUACCAUUGGAAAAGCAGGUACUGGAGAGUGGCACAACCCAUUCUGUGGGCUGGCUCACUAUUACCAAAGCACGUAGUGGCACUCAACUAACGUUUGUUGCUAGAAAGGUCUCUCCUAGCAGUCAUACCCACCAUGCAAAUACAACAUCCUCUUUCUUACUUCCUGACCUUUGCGCAUACUUUCCCUUCAGCCCAGAAUCCCCCCUUACCCCCACCAUCUCCAACACCUGGAUAAAUUCUACUCCUCUUUCAGAUUUCUACGGGUAUAAUGCUUUCGCAGGGAGAGGCUUCCUCGAGGUGAGGCUCCCCUGUCUGUCCACCUGCCUGCUCAUUUUUCUGGCUCUCCCUCCAACUGAGAAUUGUAGGAGGGCAGAGCCCACUGUUAGCCACUGUAUCCCCAAGGCUAGCCGCCAGGCUGCCCACAGGAUACCAGAGACCCUGAAAGAGUCACAAGGCCAGAAGCGGGCUUUCGAGAGGUGUAGGUCAAACACCUGUCACCUGAGAACUGGGGAGGCUUCAGCUGGAAUCAAACCCCCCUGGGAACCCGUGCCUCCUGAGGAGACCCAGACAAGUGCCCAAAUGCCUGUCUCUGGGGGAACCAACUGGGUGAAUCCCAUCUUCCAGCAGGGCUUGCAGACCACUUACAAUCCUACAGCCGUGUCCUCUGUCGACUCCUCCUUCAUUCAGGCGGCGGUGGGUGAGUCAGGGAUUUGUUUUUCUCUGUUUCUUUCUCACUUUCCACCUUGGUGGACCACACCGCCCCCAGCUGCCACGGCCAGAGUCGACCCUGACUUCUGGUUCAGAAAGAAUGCAAACCUCACACCUGUGAAGGUGUGCAACCCAUCCAGCCCCGUUUCCACCAUGCUGGAGGAGACACCACGCUACCCAACCAUUUUCAUCACCCGCUGCUCCUUCCAACUCACUCCCCAGGCUUAG